ACACACACACACACACACACACACACACACACACACACGCAGGCACGCAUCCACACACACGCGCGCGCGCGCGAUGUAGUAAUUACUGGACUUUGCGCUGGUGCAGCCUACACGUGAGACGGAAGCUGUUCCCAGCCAGCGGCGCGCGUGCGCCCUGACAGCAGAGCGGAGCGGUUUUUUGCAAAGUGGCAGCUCCGGCUUCUCUCUCCAGACAUCAGUCUGAAACGCAGCUCCACUGGAGGACACACUCUGCGCACCGUCUCCUUCAGCCAUCCGGGUUUGAGCCGCCGAGCAACAAAACAUCUCCCCCCCCUCCCUUCAAAACUAGAAAAGAGAAGCUCAGCGCUAGUUCAGAGGCUACGGAGAAGUGAUGGAUGAAAGAAUACCGCACUUACAGGACAGGCAGUUCAUGGAGCACGCAGAUUUCCUGGGGAUGGAUUUCCCUCCGCUCUACAUGUGCAAAUCUAAACGAGGCAUAAAGCGAGAGGACGGUGGGAAGCAGGAUGCAUAUAAGUUACCGCACCGGCUCAUAGAGAAGAAGAGGAGAGACAGAAUUAACGAAUGUAUUGGGCAGCUAAAGGAUCUACUGCCCGAACAUCUGAAGCUCUCGACGCUCGGUCAUUUGGAGAAGGCGGUGGUGCUGGAGUUAACGCUGAAGCAUCUGAACGCACUGACUGCUGUCACCGAGCAGCAGCACCAGAAGAUCAUCGCCUUGCAGAAUGGAGACCGCUCAAUGAAAUCUCCCGUCCACACUGAUCUGGAUGCGUUCCACUCAGGUUUCCAGACCUGCGCCAAAGAGGUCCUGCAGUACCUGAGCCAAGCGGAGAACUGGACCGCCAGAGAACAGAGAUGCGCGCAGCUCAUCAACCACCUCCACAAGGUCCUGGCGCAGUUUCAGCCGGACGCACCGCCGCUCCAGCAUCAGCUGCCCGCCGGGGACGCGCAGGACGCACAGAAGCCCGACUGUCAAACCAACUGCGUCCCUGUCAUCCAGAGGACCCAGGGCGGGGAGCUUAACGAGAACGAUACAGACACGGACAGUGGAUAUGGCGGGGAGGCGGAAAAGAGUGACGGCAAACACAAAGAGUGUGAGCGCAACAAAGCGGUGAAGAUCAAGCAGGAGUUUGGAGAUGACAGAGCGGCUAAAAAAACUAAGAUGUGCUGGUCAGGGAACGGGGACCCGUCCAGACCAGAUGUGGCGUUCAUGAAUUCUCUGAUGGGAUUAAGCGGUGUGGGACAGCAGACACCGAUUUGCAUGCCUUUCUACUUCAUCAACCCGUCAGCCGCGGCGCCCUAUAUGCCUUUUUUCGACAAAAGCAACAUUGAAAAGUACAUGUACCCCGCAGCGGCAGCCUUAGCGUCCCCGUUUCCCUGGCUGUAUCCUGCACACGCGUCAGCAGCGGCGGCCGCGGCAGCAGCGGCCGCGUUCCCCGGCCUGUCUGCGCACCUCGGAGCCACCGCUCAGCCCAAAGACUCCCAGCUUCAAGAUGACAGCGGAUCACGCGAAGCCGAGGCUAGCUCACCUGAGGAGCACGAGGAAACUCUCGCGAGUGACGACGGAGAGGGUGACGUAGAUGACAUGUCCCCAGACAGCAAGAAUAGCCCACCGGAGCAUUUUUCUGCCUGUCAAACGAGCUAAUAAGUCUGUGUACCUCUCUGAGUUUCUGUAUUUACAUUUUUUUUAAUUAUUAUUAUUUAGGCUAGUUUUAAAACGGGGAAGUUCUCAUGUCUACAAUAUCUUGGGGCAGCAGGGGACAUUAGUGUGGAAGCUCAUAUCUACCAUUUGAAAGUAUGAAAUGGAACACGGUAUACCAUAAAUAUGAGUUGAAACUUUAAAUUUAUUACAGUCAAUAUCAUAAGUGGCUCUCGGUAGCGUUGUCUUGCUGCAACCUGGGUUCAAAUCCCAGCUUGGGCUGUUUUUACACGGAGUUUGCAUGUUCUCCACAUGCAUGGGUUGGUUCUCUCUGGGUACUCUGGCCUUCCCCAACAGCCCAAACCAUAAAUGUGAAGUUAGUUUAACUUGCUCUUAGAUAUGGUCGUGAUGAGCUGGAGACCAUGCAAGGACAGUUUUAUAUAGACUAUAUUUCCAUAAUUCAUUGUUACCCCCACCCUCCCCACACACACACACCCACAUUGUGUCUUUCUUUCAUAUUUUUAACGUUGAAAGUCAUGACUAUUAAUUUAGUAGUCAUGACUUUUUCAAACUCAUGACUAUGAAUAUGAAUAUAUAUAUAUAUAUAUAUAUAUAUAUAUAUAUAUAUAUAUAUAUAUAUAUAUAUACACAAUUUAAAGUCAGCUAUGAAAGAAAAAUAUACAUUUUGACUACAUGUUAGAACUAUGAAACUUAGAGUUCCGACUUUCAGUCACAGGUUUCACUUCCAAAGUCAAAAUUAUAAGACUUAAAGUUGCAUUUUUGACUUUCAAAAAAAUAAAAAAUAAAAAAUAACAAAAUAAACAAAAGAACACACAACUAUGUGGGCUUUCAAUGUAGUCUACAUAAAAUAUAGAGUCAUCAUUGUAAUCUGAAGCCAUAAUUUCAGUUUGGAAGUCCUAAUUUUGAGAUUUCAAGACUUAAUUCUUUCAUUUGAAGUUAGUGUUUUGACUUUGUGUGUUAUAAAAAAUGAAAUGCAAGUUUAUUAUUUCACUUUUAAAUGUAAACACAUGAGAUACAAAAAGUCAGAAUUUGGACUUUCAAAUUAAUAGUCAUGACAUUUAACAUUAAAAACACGAAAGAAAGACACAAUCUUUCUUUUUUUCAAAAUUGAAAUUAUGAGAUCAGAUUUUGACUUUGGAAGUCCUCCUAAUUACAAAUUUUGAGAUUCAAAGUUAUGACAAUGGAUAAUUUUAUUUUAAAAUCUUGCCAAAUGAAAUAUUUAAAGGUGGAAUUUUAACUCUCUUAAAUCCUAAUCUUUUGUUAAAAAAUUACAAUAAUGUCAUCUAAUCUUGAUUUUGAGAAAGUCUGGGUAUAAGUCCUAUUUUUUCCUCCCAAAAAUAUAGGGAUAUUGUUUUACAUCAUACAAAUGUAUUCUAGAACUUAUAAAUGUGACGAUUGAGUGUUAUAAUUGUGACACUAGAAAUUGAAAUUAUGACUUUGAUAGUAAAGUUAUGACUUGCAUAGUAAAAAUCAUUCCUGAAACUCAAAGUUAUGACAUAUCAUAUCCUAUUUUUUCUUAAAGUGGUGGGAUUGGGCUUCCAUACUGUUGUAAUUUUGUGUGCCUUUUGCACUUCUGCUUGUUUCAAACAAUCUGAAUGACUAUCGACAAAGAUUGACACUUCAUGACUGUGUUGUGAUGCAGUUACUUAUUUUUUUUUAAAUCCUCUUUGACAAAAUAUUUUGACAGGCAGUGUUGGUGUCAAAAAUCUAAGUCACCAUCACGCUAUGUCCCAACCUGUGAUACUCCUCAUAUGUGCAUGGGUGCCUCUAGAAAGUUUUGAAAUGGGGUGAAAGCAUGGAGGGGGGGGCUCUAAUAAUCUUGUGUUCACACUUUAAAAACUAAAGAGAGGCUUCAUAACAGCACACAUAUAAGGCUGUUUGGCUUGCAAAUUUGUAGCCAUUACCUUUGCCUCCACAGGCCCCCCAUGGUGGCACCCUUUGCAGAUGUGGGAACUGGAACUUACCUCGGCUUAUAAAUAAAAAGAAAUAAAGCAAACUCUGGUUGUAAAUAUUAGCCUGAAAUGUUAAUGUGAGCUACAGGGAUCUGGAGAAGAUGCAUAGAUCUCAUUACCUCACUCCAAUGUUGCAUGAGGCUAGUUGAGAGAAAAUUAACUGGCUCAUCCUGAAGAUACCUGGGUAGGUCCCAACAUGAACACCAAAACAAAAGCUACAGAUCACUUUUAAUAUUCAACUUUUGUUUUGGGAACAGGGCAGCGAGAUGAGCUUGAUUUGCUGAACCUCAUCUUAAAUGUUUCUUUUAAAUGCCAAUGCUGUUGGAUAAAAAGUUCACAAAUCUGUCAGAAUAAUUGGAACAUGAGAAUCUCAAGGGUAUUCUUAACCAGAAUAUUGUAGUAACCUCCUGUACUUCCAGGAGACAUUGUAGGUUAGCACCUUAUAGAUCUUUGAUAUUGAAUGUACCUGUAUUUUCCCAAUAUUCCAUGUAGGAUGAGACGUUAAGUGCACUUUUUUCAGCUUUUAAUCCCUUCAGUCACUUUAUCAUUCAGAAAGUCAAUCACUGUAGUUCUUUGUUGUGUUUAGGCUUCUCUUUCAAAAAGAUCCAGGUUAGUUUGUAUUUAUUUCAUGCUGUAAAGUGCUGGCUGAUUAUUUUUCCCCAGUUUUCAUUUCAAGCUAUUUCAUGGGAAAAUGAAAUUUGGAAACACUGCUCUACGCUUCAGGCAAUCAUUAUCUGGGAGAAAAACUGUGGUCAUUGCCAUGUUAAGAACUUUUUCAACUUCUCUUUUCUAUUUUUUAUCAAUUCCUGCAAGUGUAAUAUUGUUCUGUUUUUUUUUUUUAAGUUUUCACAUGUGACUGAAAAGGCACAAACCUCAUUGUGCUUCACAAACAUUUCAAUGCGUUUUAGGUUUUGCUUAGUUGUUUUUGCCUCAAAGCUCUUAACAACUUUACAAGUGGCACGUGAAUUUGUUGUACAUAGUUUUUUGCAAUAUACCAUUAAGUAUACAUGUUUUGUCAAUGUUGUAGAAGUCCUUAGAUUUCUUCUUCUUCUUUUUAAAGAUUUCUCUGAGCAACUGUUGCACUUUUUGUUGGCGCUUUACACGUAUGCUGUUCUAAAUUAUUGCUGAUGAGUUGUAAAAUAAAUAUCAAAAAUGAAACUUUA